AGCAAACAAACAAAGAGAGGAGGUCAACAGAAAAAACAAGUGGCGGCAAACACUCAACCAUUCGUACGGAUGACGACGACACACUCCCACCACACACACACCAACACUCUAAAAUCCCGACGAUGAUCAUAACCUAAUCCCCAAUUCUCAAUCCCCCAUCCAAACCCUAAACCUUCCAAUGGCAAUUGCUUCCAUACCGUCCUUCAACUUAACCGCCAAAUCUUCACCCCUCUGUUUCAACUUUCAUAUCACCGGAACCAAGCCUCUAUUCACUUCAUCUUACGCUAAAUUUGGAUCCUUGAAGAAGAAUCCAAUUCAGAUAUCUGUUUGCAAAGCGGUGGUUUCUUCUUCCUUAUCGUUCCGUGAUCUCGAUGCUGAUGACUUUAGACAUCCUCUUGACAAGCAGAAUACGCUGCUUUUGAAGGCGAUUCCGGGGCUGAAUGAGAUUGGGAAGGCUUUGUUAGGGAGCAUAACUGAACAGGUCAUGGUACUUGAAAACAUAGGGACCUCUGUUCUUGUAUCUGAAAAUCAGCUUUCAGAACUUCAUCAAUUAAUGAUCCAGUCAGCAGAGGCACUGAAAAUUGAAGCACCUGACUUGUAUGUACGCCAAAGCCCGGUACCUAACGCAUACACUCUGGCCAUUAAUGGCAAAAAACCAUUUGUUGUUGUUCAUACAAGCCUUAUAGAACUUCUUACAAGAAAGGAGCUGCAGGCUGUUUUGGCUCAUGAGCUAGGACACCUUAAAUGUGAUCAUGGUGUAUGGUUAACAUUAGCAAAUAUUCUUACCGUUGGAGCCUAUACGAUACCUGGGAUUGGAGGCAUGAUAGCCCAGAAUUUAGAAGAACAAUUAUUUCGAUGGCUUCGAGCUGCAGAGCUUACUUGUGAUCGGGCUGCUCUUCUUGUAGUUCAAGAUCCCAAGGUGGUCAUGUCUGUUCUAAUGAAACUUGCUGGAGGAUCCCCGUCUUUGGCUGAUCAAUUAAACGUGGAUGCUUUUCUAGAACAAGCACGAUCUUAUGAAAAGGCAGCUGCAAGUCCAGUAGGAUGGUAUAUAAGAAACGCACAAACAAGACAACUUUCACAUCCCCUUCCAGUACUAAGAGCCCGUGAGAUAGAUGAGUGGUCAAGAAGUCAAGAGUAUAAAUCUCUUAUGAAACGGGCUAUUAGUACAAACUCCGUGCAAAAAGUGUAGCAGAUUGGGGAAAUAUUAAAUACGUAAUGAGGUAAAGGUUGCUCUUUCUUAGUACUCAGAAUCAAACUUCAAUAUGAGAAAGUUUGAUUAGCUAUGGAUUCUUGCCACUCUGUUGUUGCUGAUUGGAUAAGCAUUCAUCUGGUUAUACAAAUUCAACGACCACAUCUAGUUAUACACACUCGUAUAUAUACGACCUUUCUUAUACAUGUACAAAUUCAGAUAUCAUGUUUCAAAAACACGUUUAUACAUGUUAAUAUAAACUCUGGUUAAGCUAUACUAUGUAGUUUUAAAA